AUGCGUGCCUUUAUUGUGUUGUGUUUAGUGGCCACCGCCUGUGCUCAAUCGGGCUAUAAUUAUCAAGCCGGCAGUAGUGGUAAUUUUGGUGCAGCUACUAAUUCUGCCCCAUCUUUUGAUGCUGGAUCUUCACUUGGUGCUGCUGCUCCCUCAUUUGCUCCUGUCGCUGCCUCCGAUUUUGGUUCUUCCGAUAAUGUUGGAUCUGCCUCCAAUGCUGCCCCAGUCCAAGGCGAACUUGAAAAGGAAUUCUAUACUUUCACUGCUAACGAUGAAGACUUCAACGAACCAGCAGGCUCCAAUCAAUUCAGCAACGCUGCCAAACAAGGCCUUCGCGUAAUCUUUAUCAAGGGCCCCGAAAGCAGUGGUUUAGAAGAUGCGGCUUUGGCUUUGGCCAAACAAGCUGCUGAACAACAAACCGCCAUCUAUGUCCUCCAAAAACAAGCUGAUCUUGCUGACUUGGCCAACAAAUUGAACCAAGACAACAGCAAUGUUAAUCACAAACCCGAAGUUCACUUCGUUAAAUAUCGUACCCCUGAAGAUGCUGCCAAUGCCCAAAAGGCCAUUCAAGAUCAAUACAACUCCUUGGGUGGUAAAUCUCAGCAAUUUGAUGGUGGUGUUGCUCCUGCCCUGAACUUUGCAUCUCAGGCUCCAGUUGCUCCUGCUCCAGCACCAGCUGCUGCCGCUUCCAGUCCUGCCACCAGCUCCACCUACCUGCCGGCUUCUGCUCUUCGUCGUUUCCGUUUGUAA